CUUGCGCGGGCGCCACUGUCUCGUCGUUGUGUGCGCGACCACUCUGGCUGGCUCUGGGGGCGGGGCUGUGGGGGAAAGUGCUAAAGCCGCUAAGGGAAGUCAAUUCUACUCGAGGAAAUGGCUGCCUCUUCAUCGUCCUCCUCAGCUGGUGGGGUCAGUGGAAGUUCUGUCUCUGGAUCUGGGUUCAGUGUCUCAGACCUCGCUCCACCACGGAAAGCCCUUUUCAACUACCCCAAAGGAGCUGGGGAGAUGCUAGAAGGCCAGGGAUUUAGCUCAGUGGUUCUGCCACCUGCCUCACAAGCAAAUGGUCCCAAGUUUGAUCACCAGUACCAAAAAAAAAAAGAAAUCUUCCUUUUCAGCCAACAUCCAGAGUCCUCCCUUGAAGAUGGCUCUGAAAGAUUCCUCUGUGAGUCCGUUUUCAGUUACCAGGUGGCAUCCACACUUAAACAGGUGAAGCAUGGUAAGCGUGAGAGCAUGUCGUGCUGGACUGGCUGUGCAAAUCAGCAAGUUGCUCGGAUGGAAAAACUAGCUGGUUUGGUAGAAGAGCUGGAGGCUGAUGAGUGGCGGUUUAAACCCAUUGAGCAGCUGCUGGGGUUCACACCCUCUUCAGGAUGAUGUCACCUGGAUGGUCACCUCUGGGGCACAGCCGGUGCAGAGCCGAUGAGGGGACGCUAUACAGCUUACACAGGCACCCAGAGAGUCCCUGCUACAUCGAUGAACUGCUUAUUUACCUCCAUACUUGGUUUUUCUGUAUCUGUCCACAGGCAACAAAUACUUAAGUGUGUGAUCUUGCAGGGAAAGUUUUUGUUUACUUGCUUGAAAAAUUACUGGGAGUGGGCUGGGGAUGUAGCUGAGUGCUGUUGUGCCUGCCUGGCAAGGGCAAGGUCCAGAUCCCGAGUUUGAUCCCUGGUACCAAGAAAAAAGAAAGUAUUGGGAAUCACAUUAAGACAAUAGGUUUCAGGUCUGGGGAUUUAGCUCAGUGGUGCCGCCACCUGCCUGGCAAGUGCAAGGUCUUGAAUUCGAUCCCUAGUACCAAAAAAAAGACAGUUGGUUUCAGAGAACUAGGGAAUUUAGGUUCAAGAGAUAUUUAUAGGGCUGGGAGUGUAGCCCAGUAAUAGAGUGCUUGCCCGGCAUGCCUAAGGCCUGGGUUCAAUCUCCGGUUCUCCAAAAACAGUUUUUUGGUUUUUGGGGUUUUUUGAGACAGGGUCUCACU